CCCGGACACACCCUCCAGUGGCACACUGAUCUCUCUCUUUCUCUCUCUCUCACCCUGCCUCUUUUUUCUCCUUCACAUGGACUCUCGGCCCCACACGAGUGCACAAAGAGAAGUCUAUUUCCCUCCAAAUUAGAUUUGCUGGAGGAAAGAGGUUUGCGCUGUUGAAGCUCACCCAGACUGCAGUAAUAUUUAGCUUUCGUGUGUGUGUGUUUGUAGUUCUGCGACUUAUCUAAACCUCGCUGUAUAGAACGGACAAUGACUGGUGUCAGUUUCAGUGUUAGGAAUCUAGUGAACUGGAAAGUGCUGAAUAGUGACACUUUUGACCUGUUUGUGCAAACCCUCUAGACUCCGGAAUAAAGAUGGACUUGAGCUCAAGUUGUUGGAGGCUGAGAUGUUGGGGAACGAGGGAGCCCGUGUUCCUCACUGGAGUGAGUGUCCCACCUGAUUGUCCCGUCUACAGCGAGACACUUAUUAAACUCAGCGUCUACGGUGUGAGCGAUGGCCACCAGCAGACGAGCAACAUCUUGGGAAGUAGCAGCUUCUCUGUGACCGAUCUUCUCCAGUCUAAGGACCAGCAGCUUUCUCUCAGCCUGAGGACAGCAGAUGAUUCAGAUACAGUGGGCACAGUGGUGGUGAGCCGGAUAAAGAUGGGUGAGAUCGAGGAUGGUGAGGUGGACCACUUUACCACCGACAUGCACCAGAAGUGCACGCUGGUGUACGAGUCGUCACAUGGAAGUGUUAAUGACAAAGAUAACGGACCAAUAAUGAAUGCCGUGUUUAAGAACGCGGUGUGUAAGGUGUACAGGUUUCAGACGGUGGACAGUAAAUGGAUGUUGGUUCGGGAGCAGAUGGCGGAGUGUACGCUGUCCUUCAGCAUCCCGAAGCAGCUCAUUGCCCUCUACAUUCAGGAGGACACCUGCAGGAUACAGGAGCUGAAAGAUCUGGGAGAGCUCUCACCACACUGGGACAACCUACGGAAGGAUGUAAUCUCUCGCUACGACCAGAUCAUCAAAGAAUACCAGGACACUCUGGCAGAGCUGGAGAAACAUACUGGCCCGUCGUUCAAGCCCAGCUGCAGCAAAGCCCAGAAAUAUCUGGAGUUCGUUCCCAUCAACCUGCACACACAGAGAAUGAGGGUGACGUGUCCAAGGAAAACAGAUUCCUUCUAUGAUGUGGUCACAGUAGGAGCUCCGGCGGCCCAUUCGCAAGGCUUCAAGAACGGAGGCUUGCAGAAACUGCUCAGCAAAUACGAAUCUGAGAAGAAGAGCCACAGCACGGCGUAUCAGUGCAUUUACUAUCCUCCAGAGCAGACGGCCAAGGCCCGUGAGAUCCUGUGUGUGGUGUCCCAGCUGCAGCCGCACAUCUCUGCGCUGGCCGACCAGCUGCUCCAGACGGCCCAGCAGAGCCCCAUCCAGCCUCUCCGGGACGUCCUCAAGAGCCUGGAGGAGAAGACGAAGCAGUUUGUUCACGCUCUGAAGGAUGAGUUGGUGAAGAGUGCUCUCCUGGCGCUGCACGCCGCCCGUCCCGGAUACGUCAGCAAGAGUCAGGGCUCCGCUCGGUCCAGCCCCGAUCCACACCCCAGCGCCGCCCCGAAGCCACACAGCGUCUGCAACAAUCUGGACGACUCCCAGACACCACAGAGAGAAAGCCAAGCGUCUCCCGUCCGCUCCGACUCCAUCCCGCACCACAAAGAGUACGACGAGGAGGAAUGGGACAGGGUCUGGGUCAGUGUGGCCAAGAGUCUGAACUGCGUCAUCGCUCUGGUGGAUAAACUACAGGAGCAAGACAACAACAACCAGGAAUCAGCGCCCGCACACACGCUGGCAGACGUCAUCACCUCACACAGUCCUGAUCCUCCCAUGACAACUGCAGUUUGGCCGGAUCAGCUGGGGGUCCUGGUCCAGUCACUGAAGGAGUGUGUGGCAGAAGUGGCCGAGAGAGCCAGGCGCUCAGUGAGUUUCGUCCUGCUCCAGGAGGCAGCGUGCAGCACGGCCCAAGGCCUGCAGCUGCAGCAGAGACGGGACGCUGUCUUCAGCCAGGCACUGGCUGCACUGGCGUGUGGAUUUGUCAUGCGAUUAUAUGCAGGUUUGGAGGAUAAGGACUUUCUCAGACAGCUGCAUGCCGUCGGGUUGGUGGCCCAGUUUGAGAGCCUGCUGAGUACAUACAGUGAGGAAAUAGGGAUGCUGGAGGACAUGGAGGUGGGGAUCAGUGACCUGCACAGAGUGACCUUCAGGAUCACAGAGGCGGCGUCUGAGGAAGCUGUCAGCCUGCAGCCCUCUGUCAGCGGUAGACGAGACCAUUACACUGUCGAGGUGCCUCUCCCACAUCAUGCCUUCCAAGCGCUCCCGGAUGAGCUGCGCCAGGGCAAGCCGCUACGCGUGCUCCCCGUGCUCUUCAACGUGGGCAUCAACGAGCAACAGACCAUCGCUGAGAGAUUUGGUGAUAUAUCUUUACAGGAGAGAAUAAACCAAAAGAACUUUGAGAUUCUAGAAGGCUACUAUAAAUCCUUAACCAGCACGGUGCCGUCUGAAUGCUUGCCACGUUUUCAGACACAGACAGACAUUAAGGAACUGCUUGACACCCUCGGCCAGAAUGUAGUAACCAAGAAGAGAAAGAAUGUGGAGAUCCUUUGGCUAGCGGGAAUGAUCUGUCGCCGGAUGAACGGUAUCCGCUUCACCAGCUGUAAAAGUGCCAAAGACAGGACGUCCAUGUCAGUGACACUGGAGCAGUGCUCUCUGCUGCGGGACGAGCACCUGCUCAAUAAAGAUUACUUUGUGCGAGCUCUGGACUGCAUGCGGAGAGAAGGCUGCCGGAUUGAGAAUGUGCAAAAGAAUAUAAAGUGCAGAAAAUAUGCUUUCAACAUGCUCCAGCUGAUGGCCUUUCCCAAAUACUACCGGCCACCUGAAGGGACGUACGGCAAGGUGGACUCCUGAAACACAGCUCCAUUAGUUUUACUCUUAACGGACUAUAUAUACAGUGGGGUUCAAAAGUCCACUUUGAAAGGGAUUCAAAAUGCUAUUUUAUUUUUAAAAAAUAAUAUAUUAUUUAAAAAUAUAUACAUAAUGCUUUAAUGACAGCAAAACCAAAUACUAUACAAAUACCUAUUUUUACUUUACAGUAUCUUGACUUUAGGACCCUGUUGUACAUAUUUGUGCAAGUUCAUUUCAAAUACAUAUAUAAAAGAAAACUGUUUUGUUUAAUAUAUAUUACAAAAUGGCCUACUGAAAGGACAUACUCUUGUUUUAUGGUUUUAAGAAAGAAUGCAGUGCAUUAUUUAAAAAUAAUUUUAAAAUACUGAAUGUAAACUGUAGUAAACUAGACAUGUAAAUCAUCAAAUGUGUACAAAAGUUUUCCAUUAAAAGUGAGCAAUUUACAGGAAUUGUUUGAAUAUGUAGCUUUGAAUGGCCGUCAUAUCAGUUGAGAUGCAUCACAUGCCUGUAUGUGACUCAUGACCAGAGAUUGUGUUUUGUUGUUAUUGUUCUGUUUUUGUACUGAGGCAUUUCUGAAAGUGUGUACUGUAUGUUUUUAUAUUUGUGUUGGUAUAAAGCCAUUUCACUCUCA